AGGGCAGUCUCACCACGCUUUCACCAUAUCCAUCUUUUCCUGGACUUUGGGCUACUGUUGCCUGUGCCUGUCGUUGAAUUAUUUAUAUUUCCAUUUUGAGGCAGCCUGAAGAGGGAAGGAAGGGAAAGAGGGACAUACGUGUUGAGCCAUUUCUCAUCACCAGUAUAGCCAGUUGCAUCCCUGGCUCCUCAUGGGCGUCUGCUCCUCUUCAUCAAGUACUUGCACUGGUUCUUGGGAGCCAGGGAGGGAGCAGGGGGUUGGAGAGGCUGGGAGGGGGCACAGUGGUCGGGCAGACAGCUGCAGCCAGAGCUAAGUUUAGCCUCUGAUCUGGCUUUGAUGCAGAUGCAUUUUUGGCUAAGGCAGCCCCCCACCCCACCCCGUACCCCUCCCUACCCAGCUUCUCCCUAGCAAAGAGAAGAGCCCUUGAGGCAUGAACUUAGACUAAGACAACGACCCCUAGGCUUCCUGCCCCCACUCUGUCCUUCCCCAACCCUAGAGAGGGGAUGGCUUCCUCGCAGCUGCCUCUGCCCAGGCACAGCGCCUAAAUGGCUCCCAGGGUGCCGUCUGGGUCUGUGAGGGAGGGUGAGGCAGACACGGUGCCCUCUUCCUCCUUCCAGUGCCAAGGAGUCACUAUUUAUAAUUUUAAGGCUUCAGUGUCUAAUUAUAACUGAGAAGGGGUUAGUAAGAGGGGGGCCAGGAGGUGUCACCUACCAAAUGUCCCAGGCCUGCUCAGAAGAAAGGAGAAGAGGCUGGGUGAGAAGGUUUGGAAGGGGAAUGGGCGUGUCCUGUCCUUACCUGGGGUCAUGCCUGCAGGUCUCACGCCAGCCAGUUUGGGCCAGUUGGAGAGAGAAAGGCCUGGAGUGACAGUGACAGCUGGCUGGGACCGAGGCAGUGCCAGAGAAAGGGUUGAUUCCCCUGGCCCACAGGGUCCUCUGGGGUCAGACCAGGGGAGGAGCCCGCCUGGGCCAGGGGGGAAGGGAUCUGGCCCCUUCCCCCACUUUUAUCUGUCUCCUCUUUCAGGGCCGGCAUAUGGGUGAGGGGGCACCCCCUGGGGCCUGAGCUGCCCCGCACAGGAUGCCCCGUGCCCCCCGCUUCAUGCCCUUGCUGCUCCUGCUGCUCUCACUUCCCCAUACCCGGGCUGCCUUCCCCCAGGACCCCCUCCCUCUGCUGACCUCUGACCUGCAAGGGACUUCCCCAUUAUCUUGGUUCCGGGGCCUGGAGGAUGAUGCUGUGGUUGCCGAACUUGGGCUGGACUUUCAGAGAUUCCUAACCUUGAACCGGACCUUGCUAGUGGCUGCCCGGGAUCACGUUUUCUCCUUCGAUCUUCAAGCCCAGGAGGCAGGGGAGGGGCUGGUGCCGAACAAGUAUCUAACAUGGCAGAGCCAAGACAUGGAGAACUGUGCUGUGCGGGGAAAGCUGACGGACGAGUGCCACAACUAUAUUCGUGUUCUUGUUCCCUGGGACUCCCAGACACUCCUUGCCUGUGGAACGAACUCAUUCAGCCCCGUGUGCCGCAGCUAUGGGAUAACUUCGCUGCAGCAGGAGGGUGAAGAGCUGAGUGGGCAGGCUCGAUGCCCCUUUGAUGCCACCCAGUCCAAUGUGGCCAUCUUUGCAGAGGGCAGCCUAUACUCAGCCACAGCUGCGGAUUUCCAGGCCAGUGAUGCUGUGGUUUACAGAAGCCUUGGGCCUCAGCCCCCACUCCGCUCUGCCAAGUACGACUCCAAGUGGCUCAGAGAGCCACACUUCGUCCAUGCCUUGGAGCACGGAGACCAUGUCUACUUCUUCUUCCGAGAGGUCUCUGUGGAGGAUGCUCGGCUGGGAAGGGUGCAGUUCUCCAGGGUGGCCCGAGUAUGUAAACGUGACAUGGGCGGCUCACCUCGGGCCUUGGACCGCCACUGGACAUCCUUCCUGAAGCUGCGGCUCAACUGCUCUGUUCCUGGAGAUUCUACCUUCUAUUUUGACGUCUUACAGGCCUUAACUGGGCCUGUGAACUUGUACGGUCGCUCUGCUCUCUUUGGGGUCUUCACCACGCAGACCAACAGCAUCCCUGGCUCUGCAGUCUGUGCCUUCUACCUGGAUGAUAUCGAGCAUGCGUUUGAGGGCAAGUUCAAGGAGCAGAGGAGUCUGGAUGGGGCCUGGACACCCGUAUCUGAAGACAGGGUUCCCUCCCCCAGGCCAGGAUCCUGUGCAGGAGUAGGUGUGGCUGCCUUGUUCCCCUCUUCCAGAGAUCUCCCUGACGAUGUCCUGACCUUUAUCAAGGCUCACCCACUGCUGGACCCGGCCGUGCCACCUGCUACCCAUCAGCCUCUGCUCACCCUCCCCAGCAGGGAUGCCUAUCCCUCCAGGGCUCUACUGACCCAGUUAGCUGUGGAUGGUAGGGCUGGUCCCUACGGUAACACCACAGUCCUGUUCCUGGGCUCCGAAGAUGGGACAGUGCUGAAGGUACUGCCCCCAGGGGGGCCAUCAGGGGGCCCUGAGCCCAUCCUGUUGGAAGAAAUCAAUGCCUACAGCCCUGCCAGGUGUAGUGGGAAGCGGGUGGCCCAAACAGCACGGCGGGUCAUAGGGCUGGAGCUGGACACUGAAGGUCACAGGCUCUUUGUGGCUUUUUCUGGCUGCAUCAUCUACCUCCCUCUCAGUCGGUGUGCCCGGCACGGGGCCUGUCAGAGGAGCUGUCUGGCUUCUCAGGACCCAUACUGUGGAUGGCAUAGCUCCAGAGGCUGUGUGGAUAUCAGGGGACCCGGUGGGACUGAUGUGGAUCCGGCUGGGAACCAGGAAUCCACGGAGCACAGUGACUGCCAAGACGGAGCUACUGGGAGUCAGUCUGGUACAGGGGAUUCUGCUUAUGUGCUUCUGGGUCCUGGCCCUUCCCCUGAGACCCCCAGCCCCCUCAGUGAUGCCCACCCCCGGCCCCAGUCUUCCACUAUUGGAGCUCACACUCAGGGUAAGGGGGCUGGCGUGCGCCGGGACCUCCCCCCAGCCUCAGCCUCCCUCUCCGUCCCCAUCCCACUCCUCCUGGCCUGUGCUGCCGCAGCCUUCGCUCUGGGCGCCUCGGUCUCUGGCCUCCUGGUCUCCUGCGCGUGCCGCCGAGCCCACCGACGUCGGAGCAAGGACGUCGAGACUCCGGGGCUCCCGCGCCCUCUCUCCCUUCGCAGCUUGGCCCGGCUGCACGGUGCGGGCCCGGAGCCGCCGCAGUCCAAGGACGGAGACGGGGCGCAGCCGCCCCAGCUCUACACCACCUUCCUGCCUCCCCCCGAGGGGGUGGCCCCGCCGGAGCUGGCCUGCCUGCCCACGCCGGAGUCCACGCCCGAGCUGCCGGCCAAGCACCUCCGCCACGCCGGGGGCCCCUGGGAGUGGAACCAGAACGGGAACAAUGCCAAGGAGGGCCAGGGCCGCGCGCGGGGCGGGAACGCGGCGGGCGGCCCCGCGCCCCGCGUGCUGGUGAGGCCGCCGCCGCCCGGCUGUCCCGGGCAGGCGGUGGAGGUCACCACCCUGGAAGAACUGCUGCGCCACCUGCACGGUCCGCAGCCACCCAGGAAGGGGGCCGAGCCCCUGGCCGCGGCCGCGUUUACCUCGCGGGCGCUCCCGCCGGAACCCAGCCCCACCCCCACCCUGUUCGCGGGCCCCAGCCUCCUGCCCCGGGAGUGUGGCCCGCCGUUGAGGCUGGACGUGCCCCCCGAGGGCAAGUGCGCGGCCCCCUCCACGCGGCCCGCCCUCUCCGCCCCCGCUCCCCGGCUAGGGGUCGGGGGCGGCCGCAGAACGCCCUUCCCCACGCAUCGUGCCCCCCCGGCCCUGCUCACUCGGGUCCCCUCGGGGGGUCCCUCCAGGUACUGUGGGGGGCCUGGGAGACAUCUUCUGUACCUGGGCCGGCCGGAGGGCUAUCGGGGCCGCGCCCUAAAGAGGGUGGACGUCGAGAAGCCGCAGCUGCCCCCGAAGCCGCCCCUCGUCGCGCCCUCCCCCCCGCCGGCCGUCCCCAACGGCAGCCAUUUUCACUUUUAAAG